CUAAUGUUUUUAUUGGCGAAGGGUCCUUGGCAUUGCCUAAACUGUAUGUACAUUCACGUUGCGCAGCGCGCAUUUCUGUGUGGGCGCGGGGACAGCAGAAAUUGGGAUUUCUGCAGCAGAACUCCAGUGAAGCUACCAGUAGGACACAUUCGAUGUCAUCCCCAUGCAGAUCAGCCCCGAGGGCGCCCUGCUCUAGAGCACGCCUGUGCAGACCCGCGAUGGCGGUCCCGGUGCUUCCCUCUCCAAACUGCCUGUUCAUAGAUGGGUCAGGAGAGCCAAUUACGCCGAGGGUGGUGGGCACGGGGGGCAGACUCAGAGUUCAGAGCUAGGGUGGGGAUGCCCCCCCACCCGCCAGGAGUUGAGGACACCCACAGCCGGGAUUCCGGGAGGUGGAAGAGAACUCAGCAAGCCUCCGAGGCCGUAGGUACCCAGUGGCGGGAGGGCGUCCGCGCAGGGGUAGCUGGGGCUCCUGCAGCUCCGCCUCUGCGCCCGGCGCUGCGGGGACGACCACGUGACCCUGCCGCCAUCUUUUUUUCUGGCGGACACUGCGGGCGGCGGCUUCCCCGCUCCAUUGCGCAGGCGCAUGCGAGGCGCGCGGGCGACAGUCCCAGGCGCCUUCUUCCCAGGCCCGGCCACCACAUGGCCCGCGUGCUCGUGGCGAAGAUGCUGGCGUGCGCCCUGAGCCCGCUGCUCCGGGGGAGCCCCGGGCCGGCGAAGCCCCGCGCGCUCUCCACUCUCCUGGCGGGACCUCUUCGCACCGCGGGGCCCGCGGGACCCUGGCCCCUGCCCGGCCGCCCCCUGCCCGGCCUGCAGCUUGCCCUGGGCUUCAAGACCAAGGGCGUCAUCAAGGAGCGCUGUCGGGACUGCUACCGGGUGAAGAGGCGCGGGCGCUGGUUCAUCUACUGCAAAACGAACCCCAAACACAAACAGAGACAGAUGUAGGUCUCCGCCGUAAAAUAAUGUGCAAGACUGUGUCCCUAUCUUGAGGAACGGUACUACCUCGUGGAAAGGAAAAUAAAAGUGAAGCGGUGCCUAAUCUGA